AUGCCGUUCGGUGUGGGCACCGCUCUUUUCACCGCCGCUACUUGGCCGCUCAGCUUUGCGAUGGACAAGCUAGCAUUGACACAGCGCCAGCAGCGACAGGGCAAGGAUGAAGUUGUGAGCGCCGCGGCGCCCCCGCAGAUCACCGCCGCGGACAAUGAAUCGCAGGUUGAUGCCACGCCACACGCCGACGAGAGGCUGUUCGCCGCUCUCCUCACCCACUUCGAAAAGCCGGGCAUGUCACCGCCAUCAGCGCGCAUCCGUGCGGUAGUUCUUGCCGAACAACGACAGGCUGAAGGCUCGCGGCUAAGCUCAAGAGCUCUGCGGCUCGGUGUCGCACUCGCUUCAAAAGCGACGGAACUUGCGCUCGAUACGGUCACGCACCAUCUCUGGGGUCCACGACGGCAGUCCUGGGGACUACCAAUGACACUGCUGAGCACCAUCAUGCGCGGCGCAAACCAGCACUCAAACUUGGUCGACAUCGCCACGAUCAGGCUACUCCUCAGCCUCGGAAACCUCGCACCACUACCCCAUGCUGCGCAUAUCUCGCCUUUCACCUUCCGCGUACGCAAGCGCGGCUUGGCCGGCAUUCUCACGGAACAUGACGCAGCUGAGGAUGGUUCACGCGAACUGGCGGGAGAGUGGGUUGAUGCGCGCGAGGACGGUGUGGAAGAUGAGGGGCGCGUUAUUCUGUACCUGCACGGCGGCGCCUACUACUUGUUCAGCCCUGCGACGCAUAGGCGCAUCACUGUACCAUUGUCACGCACGACUGGUGCACGAGUAUUCUCUGUUGACUACCGCCUCGCUCCGGAGACGCGCUUCCCCGGCCCACUACACGACGCCGUCAGCGCCUACCUCCGACUCAUCACCGAUCUCUCCGUCCCGCCGUCUCGGAUCCUCGUCGCAGGCGACAGCGCAGGAGGCGGUCUGGCUCUUGCCCUUCUCCUGUACCUCCGAGACACCCAACACCCCUUACCAGCCGGCGCGAUCCUCAUGUCACCCUGGGUCGACCUCACGCUUUCGUGUGAUAGCUGGGAACACAACGCACCGUUCGAUAUCGUGCCGCGACCUGUACCCGGCGACAUCAUGGACCCUAUCGCAUGUUACCUGGGCGAGGAGCACGCACCGGGCGCACUUCUCACGCAUCCCUAUGCGAGCCCCCUGUUCGGCGCAUUCGAGGGGUUACCGCCACUCCUGAUUCAGAGCGGCGAGGCGGAAGUGCUACGCGACGAGUGUGCAUUGCUAGCCCACAAAGCUCGUGCAGCGGGCGUCAAGGUCAAACUGGAGGUGUAUGAUGACCAAGUUCACGUCUUCCAGGCGUUCUCCUUCCUGCCGGCCGCGGAGCGCGCGUUAGCCGCAUCAGGCCGCUGGGCACGCUCAAUUAUCCCCUCAUCAUUACCAAAGCCGGUGCACCAUACCACCGCUCUGCUCAGCCGAGAGGAUAGCAACGAGAGCGACUGCACACUUGUGGGGAGCGAGAGCGACGACAUGCUCGUACCGCCUCUAUCACCCAAAUCUGGCAAGCGUCGCCCACGGGUCUGCCGAAAGAUGUCCGAGGGUCCACCGCACGCGCGCUCUGCUAGCCACAGUAUACCAUCCCGCAGGGGAAAGAGCUAUACGGACGUUGCGGCACUAUGGGCUCUCACUGCGACAGGGAACGCGCCGGGCGCGGGUCAUCCAACCGGCGGGCGCCGGCGGACAAUCUCUUCGCCUCAUGCGCUCAUGGCACCGUAUGCUAUACUAUCAUGA